CACAACACUUGUGCUUGACCUGCUUUCACUUGAAUACGGUUCUUUGCUUCUGAUCGUGGUUCAGUUGCUGCGUGCGCAGAGACGCAUUGCACCGCCCCCCGCAUGCGGAGAGCAGCCUCCUAUCUGAGACCGCCUGCCGGUGCCAAAUGCUCGCGUGACCAGCAUCAUGUAGCAUCCCAGGGUGCCUGGACAGGGCACGAGCUCUCAUCACACGAGGCUGUGGGAAGAAGACCACCAUGGGCAAAAGCUCCGUGUCCUCUUGUUAGCUACCGCUGAUAUAACAUCUCAUUCCUGUAAGUGAACUAUGAAUGCGCCGUUGCGACCUGCAUCACCAGCGGAAAGGCUUCCCGCGUACUACGAGGAUUUCGACGACGAAGAAGUUCUGGCCUCUUUUCACGAUUUCGACAAUGAACGAAACUUCGACCUAUUCGACCGGCAAACACGCAAUCCGCGCAGUAGCAACUUUGUUAUCGAUUUUGGCGAUGACGACGCAUAUUGCGCUUUCGACUUAAGUUCGCACUCCGUUUCGCGACUACUCUCAGUACCAAGGCCAGCAAAUCUUCACACGCGAUGGAUCAACCUAUGGGUGCCCCACCUUCAGAAAGAUGUGCUUCAUGCUCUAGCCAAACAUUACGAUUUCUCACCGAGGUUGUUGGGCAUGAUGGCUUCCGAGCCACUGUCGCCACGUUCGAGCGCUUGGAAUCCAGAGAAGAGCUCAAUUACGCUCGGCUCAGCUAGAUCUCGAAGGUCGCAACGAUCGAAGGCAUCGUCAGCAGCAAAAGAGACAGACAACGUUGAUUCGGAGGAAAGCAUCGGUAUGACCGAGAUGAUGCACUCUACCCAAUUAGAUAUGGUGCGAGAUCUAAGUCACUACCACAUUGUGGACGAAGUAUGGCACUGGUCAACUGUUGACUGGGGACGGCGUUUCGUUUGUCUCGGGUAUAACUCACUCCAUGAUGUCCGUACCAAGAAGCCUCAUGACCACAACGAUGAGGUCGACAAGAGCCGGGACAUGCCCUUGGCCAAGCGCGUAUGGAAUUGGCUUCUUCUUACUGAAGACAAGACUGUCAUAUCUAUAUCUGAGGACCCAUUCCCUUUUACUAAUGGCAACCUACAGUCAUCCGAUCUAAAGACACUGUACACAACACGGAGGAACCUAGUGAGCGUCUUCCGUCAAUUGACAAAGGCACCAACGCCUUUGCGAGAAGCCUCCCUGAUCAUGCUACCUAUCCGACAUCGUAUAGGCAACAGCGAUGAGGAGACCGCGCACCGACCGACUGAUGCUCCUGGUCUGCUUUUUUACUACCUGUUUGAGGACUGGUUCACAACGUAUAGCCUCGUCACACGUCGCGAACAUGGUUAUGCCGCUGAACUCGACCGUCUGAGACGAGAGAUGCUGGUACGCGCAAAUCUGGAGCACGUGGAUCAGCUACAUCACAUCGGCUGCCAACUCUCUGUUCUCAAGCGCGUCUAUUUAGCCUACGAGAUGAUCAUCGACCGUGUUCUGAAGAAACAGGAAGCUACACUUGCUUCACUUAAAAAUUCCCACAUCGUAUCCGGCAUGGAAUCGCUCGCCUCUUCGAUACCCAUCAACUCGUCAGGACCGCAAGUCCCGGAAGCAGAUAGCCUGUUAGGUGUUUCUCUUAGCUCAGCUGCUCGUGCCAGAUUUGAACGCCUGAAGGACAGGAUCAAGCUGUAUGCUCUGAGCGAGAUCCAGGAAUGCAUUGACCAAAAGGACUCCCUCGUCAUGAUGAAUUUCAAUCUCAUCGCCAUCAAGGAAUCCUUCAGCGUAGAACGCCUCACCAGAGUCACACUUCUUCUCGCGAAAGUGACCAUCGUCUUCAUGCCUGUCACACUAAUGACGGGGUACUUCUCAAUCCAGUUUGCGGGCUUGGAGUUCACGGUGAGGAGCUACUGGUGGGCGUUUGCUGUGGUUCUAGCCGUCAGCAUGGUUCUGCUGUUCCUUUUCAGUUUCUUCAGCGGCACCUUCGAAGGAAAGAUCAUCACGCGAUCGUGGAGCCGCAUCAUGUUUGAUGUUAGUAGGCGGUGGUUGGUGCAUAAGCGGAAGAAGGGAAAGACGUUCUGAUUAUAGCGAAGGUGGUAGGAAAGAGGGAGCGCAUUGCACGAGCGACGCUACAUCCAUUCUAGAAUUAUGGAACGC